GCUGGGCGGCUGCCCUGCAUCUCUCCUCCUCCUCUUCCUCCCCCUUCCCCUCCUCUUUGGCGCGGAGCUGCUAUUUCCAGACACUUCCAGCCCCUUCUGUGUCCCCUCCCUCUCCCCAUUGAGCGAUAAAGGUGCCCGGCCGGCCGGGCAGGUUCCCUUAACUCUCCAGUGCAUGGCCCGGCUGGCGGCGGCGUGCUGCACUCUGCGCUUCGUAGCUCUAACCGGUGCGCUCAGCUUCCCUUCCUUGCGCGCAGCAUGAGCGCGGCCACUCAGUCGCCCACCAUGGUGCAGACAGAGGGAGGCGGAGGCGAGCGCGAGCCUCUGCCUCCGGGCUGGGAGGUGAAGAUAGACCCGCAGACCGGCUGGCCUUUCUUUGUGGAUCAUAACAGCCGCACCACUACUUGGAACGACCCGCGCCUGCAGGGGGACCACCUGAAGGACAGCCAGUCAUCGGCAAAUGGUCCAUCUCGAAAUAGUCCAAACCAAUCCCAAAUCACAGAAGGAAAUGUGGUUUAUCCAAAGCUUCGUGCUGGUUACAUCCCCAUUCCAGUCAUCCAUGAAGGUGCAGAGAACAGACAGCAGCACUCAUUCUAUCCUGGUUACCAGCCUGGCAUGCAGCGUGUCAAGGCGGAAACCAUUCCUACAACAAUGCGGGCUCCAUCACCUCUAAGGGGAAGUUUUGCUCGUCCGCAAUCUCCCGCUCGGGGACAUGCAGAAGCUGCCCCAAUAGAUAAACAGGGUGGACAGACAACAGCAGCUGGACCAGCCCAAGUGCCUUCCCCUCAUGGAUCUGAGCCUUCAUCACCUGCAUCUUCUGAAUCGCCAACUUCUUCUCAGUCUUCAGGCAGACCCAGCUCAGGAAGCCAUCAGCUUCCUCGGGGAUAUAUUCCUAUCCCUGUGAUUCAUGAGGGAAAUGUUCCAAGACAGCCAUCACAAGUCUAUCAUCAGGCACAGAAGACACAUUACCCAGCCCAGCAGAGUGAUUACCAUGCUCACCAGCCAGUGUUCCACAAAAUUCAGGUUGAUGACCGAGAUCAGACACCGCAACGGGCACAGUCCCCAUUCAGGAUGUCACAAAGAGGUUCAACAAGUCGUGAAAGCUCACCAGCCAGAAUCCAAUCUCCAACUCCUAUCAGAAUACAAUCAGUCAGACCCCAGGCUUCUCAGCAACAAAUGCCAACCCAAGGAUCACCACCAAGCCUGCCACCCGAGACCAAGCUGGAUAGCAAGACAGGCUCACCUGGAACAGAGGGUUCUGCUUCUUACAUCCCAGUUCAAGUCUUUCAUGCUGAGGCUGACACUAAGCCACCUCCACAGAAGCCACCUCCCCCAGCAGAGAAUGUUGAUAGAAAGAUUCCUGGCCCCGCUAAGGCUGCUGCUCUAGAAGAAAGACAUAUCUCACAAGAACCUGAACUGCAGAAGGCUUCAGAGACAGAAGAACUUCCGAAGCACCCAGGAGUCUUGAAAGUUGAAGCCAUUUUACAUAGAGUGCAAUCACUGGAGCAGGCAGUUGAUUCCUUUGAUGGUAAGAAAAAUGACAAAAAGUACCUGAUGAUAGAAGAGUAUUUGACCAAAGAGCUGCUAGCCUUGGACUCUGUAGAUCCUGAGGGCCGUGCAGAUGUUCGGCAGGCCAGGAGAGACGGUGUAAGAAAAGUCCAGAAUAUAUUGGAAAGACUUGAACAGAAAGCGGAAGAAGUCCCAGAGCCUGUUCAGGUGGAUGGGCUUCAGUCAUCUUUGCCUGAAAACAAUCCACAGGAAAAAAUGGAUGUUGAUUCUGUGGUGGAAAACACUACUAUGGAUUUAAAUAACUCCAAAGAGCAGAUCAAAAUGGAAAUGCAUCCUGAGUCUAAGGAAGGAGUGGUUACCAGUCUUGCCAAAGAAACAAACACAUCUGACAAUGUGACUGAACCAUAGAUGCAAGUGAACAUUAAAAUCCUCAGACUCUUUAAUUUAAUGUGUGUGUUAGGUGAUUUUUAACUUGCAUGCAUUACAGGCGCUUUGAACCAAUUGGUUUUUAAUACACAUAGCAGCUUUGGACACUGUAAACAUUCAAGUGGGGUAGAUGGAGGGGUUAUGAGAAAAAAACAACGUAUUUAUCUUGUAUUCUGUACACUGCUCAGCUGUAAAAUGGAUGUUUCAAGCCAAAAACAUCUUGGGUCAGUACUGGCAAAUGAAGUUGUUACCCAGCCAGAAAUCCAUCCAUCCAUCCAUCCAUCCAUCCAUCCAUCCAUCCAUCCAUCCAUCCAUCCUUCCUUCCUUCCUUCCUUCCUUCCUUCCUUCCUUCCUUCCUUCCUUCCUUCCUUCCUUCCUUCCUUCCUUCCUUCCUUCCUUCCUUCAAACUUCAUUAGUCACUUCAAGUAAUGACACUUGAAAAGUGUGUUAAGAAAUCAUAGGGUUAUUUAUGUGUUCAGAAUUUCAGUGCUAUAUUUUAAAUGGAAAAAGAAAUAAAAGUAUACUGUAGAAA